GGUAGGCGUUUUAUUAGGGGGAAGCCAUUGAAUGGCGCAAGCGGUUUAUAGCCGCUGUAGGUAGGAUUCCUCCACGGUAAGGUUCGUUCCAUCCAAAGGCCUUUUUAUUUCUCCUUUCUCUGUGUCUCGCUCGUUUCCAUUGAGCCUUUGCUCUCGCGUCUCUCGUGUCUCGUGGUGUUUUUGGUCUUGGCCUUCCUCUCGCCAUGGACCCGGCGGGUGCGCCGUGGUGCGACCCUCGCCGAGGGUACGGCGGCUACGGUGUUGGAUCGGCGGCGUUGCAGGCGGCGGCGCGGCAACAAUCGCAGCAGCCGCGAUCUGAUGGUGCGGGAGGCGCGGGCGUCACCGGAGGCGUGCUCAAGAGGAGCCUGGGGGAGAUGGAGAGGUGGCAGCAGCAGCGGCAGGUGGCGGCGCAGCAGGCCAUGUACCUGCGCUCGGUGAGGCAGCGCAUGGAUAUCGGCGCUGUGCUCGGUGGGGCCGCCUCCUCGCCGGCCUAUGGCAUUUCCGGCUUGUCGUCUGGUUUUGGCGGUAUCUCGCAGCAGCAGCCGUCGUCGACGAUGUCGUCGUUGACCACCGCGUCGCGCACGGUGAUGCCAGGGAUGCAGCAGCGGCGGCGGAUGAUGGCCGUUCCGACCGCGCAGAAUCAAGCGGUGGCGAGGGCGCCCGCUGCUAGGCCGGCAACGGCGACCGAACUGGUCUUGUUGCAAGAGCUGGAGAAGCAGCUGCUGGGCGACGACGAGGAGGCGGACGCGGCAGGGAGCGGUUGCGGCUCUGGUAUCACAAGCUCCGAUUGGGGCGACACGAUCCAGAGGCUUAACUCCGUCACCGCCGCGUCGUCGCCGUCGCUUCCCCUGCCGACCGCCGUGAACAGCACCGCGCUAUUGGCGCGGUCCCCGACGAACUCCUCUUCGUCCACGGCUUCGUCGUCAGCGUCCAGCUCGCCGCCGAUCUCCGCGGCCUCGUCGCGGCAGCUUCUUUCCGAGGCAGCCGCUGCCGUCGCCGAUGGCAACCACACGGCGGCGGCCUCUCUCCUGUCUGCCCUGAAGCUGUCGGCUAACCCGCGCGGCGACGCGGAGCAGAGGCUGGUGGCGAUGAUGGUGGCCGCCCUAUCCUCCCGCGUUGGCACAGGCCCGUCUCAACAUCUCGCGGACCUCUACAGCGGUGAGCACCGCGCGGCGUGCCAACUCCUCCAAGACGUCUCGCCAUGCUUCGGCCUCGCACUCCACGGAGCCAACCUCGCCAUCCUCGACGCCGUGGCGGGCCACCGUGCCAUCCACCUCGUCGACUUCGACGUCAGCGCCGCGCAGCACGUCGCCCUCAUCAAAGCCCUCGCCGACCGGCGCGUGCCCGCCACUUCCCUCAAGGUCACCGUCGUGGCGGAUCCCACCUCGCCAUUCACCCCGGCGAUGACACAAUCGCUCGCGGCCACAUGCGAGCGGCUCAAGAAGCUCGCGCAGCAAGCCGGGAUAGACUUCCGCUUCAGGGCAGUCAGCUGCCGAGCACCGGAGAUCGAGGCAUCCAAGCUAGGGUGCGAGCCGGGAGAGGCGCUGGCCGUGAACCUCGCCUUCACGCUGUCGCGCGUGCCCGACGAGAGCGUGUCGCCGGCGAACCCGCGCGACGAGCUACUCCGGCGCGUGCGCGCGCUGGGCCCGCGGGUCGUGACCCUGGUGGAGCAGGAGCUGAACACGAACACGGCGCCGAUGGCGGCGCGCUUCUCCGACGCGAGCGCGCACUACGGCGCCGUGCUGGAGUCGCUGGACGCGACCCUGGGCCGGGACAGCGCGGACAGAACCCGGGCCGAGGCGGCCCUGGCGAGCAAGGUGGCCAACGCGGUGGGCCGGGAGGGCCCGGACCGGGUGGAGCGGUGCGAGGUGUUCGGCAAGUGGCGCGCCCGGUUCGGCAUGGCGGGGUUCCGCGCCGUGGCGAUCGGGGAGGACAUCGGCGGCCGCGUCAGGGCUCGGCUCGGCCCUGCGCUGCCGGCGUUCGACGUGAAGCUCGACAAUGGCCGGCUCGGGGUCGGGUGGAUGGGCCGCGUCGUCACUGUCGCAUCCGCCUGGCGUUAAUCCACAAGGUGAGCCCGCAUGCAGCAUUAUUGCCGUGAUCAAAUCGAUUGAUAAGCUUCUAUUUUUAGCGUUUUUCUCCUUUGGUAAGGAGUAGUGAACCUGUUCAUACCCACCUCAGUUUACCUUAGCUGUCAUUAGCCUGCUACGUCAGGUAAUUUCUUGAUCGCUUUUAAAGUACUGCACUACUGCUAGAACUGAUAUGGAGUACUAGUAUGUGGAGAAAAUAGUAAACUAUAGUAAUUGGAUGUGUAGUACUAGUACUGUA